AUGCAAAAUCGAAAAAAAAUAUGUAAUCUGCAUAGGAGUUUGGUAUUUGUAAUAAUUUAUUGUGCUUAUGUUACAGCUGUCAAGAUAAAGAAAAACCCAGAGAAUGUCAAGUUCAAGGUACGGUGCUCACGGUUUCUGUACACACUGGUUAUCACAGACAAAGAGAAGGCAGAGAAACUGAAACAGAGCUUACCACCAGGUAUCUUAUCUAUCUUGUACUAUAUUCAAUCUCUCGCAUUGACUCUUUCUUUAUUUGAUGGAUAA